CAGAGGCACAAGGUUACCAGCAGCUACAGCAGCCACAGCCUCUGCAAAAGACAGGAGCAAAGCUCCCAGGCCCUUAGCUCGGGCCGGCGUUGUCUCUGCGCUCCGAUCCAGCAAUGGGGGACCAAGCCGCCCUGGCAGGACCCGACUCCGGGAUCGGGCACACCCCGAGCUCUUUCUCUUUCUACUACCAGCACGGCGGCGCCCCCAGCGGGCUUCCCAACCAGGGCUACGGGCAACUGGGAACAGGCCUGGAGCAGGACCCCGACGCCAGCUCCCCUUCCUCCCAGCACGCGCUGGAAACCAGUAGCCCCGCCGCCAAGGACAGACCCUUCUCCUGGGGCCUCUCCUUGAGCCCCAGCCCGGCGGGAGGGGAGGAGCCGGCGACGGGACCCCGGAACGGGUUCGGGUCUGGCGUCGUUCAGAAGCUGGACUCCUUCUCCGAGGCGUUUGCCGGCAGCCGUUUGGCCUCCCAGCUGGCGUCGCCCCCUGCAGGCUUUGCGGGGAACUGCAGCUUGAGGCAACCGGGGUGCGUUCAGAAGAGGGGGCAGUUAGCGGGGCAACAAGCGUUGGCAUACGCACCCCCCCCCCAGCAGCAGCAGCAGCAAGCACAGGGAAUGCAGUACGGCUACCUGCAACAGCCAGUCCUGCAGCAGACGCAGCCCCACGCGUUCUCGCAGCCUGCAGCCGCGCAUUACCAGCUGCGGGGGCAGUGGUCGCAUUACUGCGGGAGAGCCGCGCAAGCCUCCCACGGCCUCGCAGGGGAGCAGGGCUGCAGGACUGUCUAUCCAGCCCAGAUUCAAGGGAAGGUGUCUGCGGUCUACUGCAGCCCGGGGGCAGCCCAUGCUACAGGCGGUCAGUACCUGUUUACCCAGGAGCCCGGCUACCCCCAGCAGGAGAGCAGGAGGGAGAGAGAGAAGCAGGAAGGCUACAGGACCACAGUAGAUCAACACUGUCUUCAGUCCCUCACUGGCUCCUCCACCAUCCAUUACCCACGAUCCUGUGCGGUCGGGCAGCAGACCUCGUUCGAGACCGAAGAGGAGCUCCUCCCGUCCGACCCCGGCGACCCCUGCAGCCAGAGUCUCUAUUGGCAGAAGGAGGAUGGAGAGAGGACUGUCAUGGCCUCCUACCUGCAUCCUGCCCCCUUCACCCCCUUCCUCGGACCCUUCAGGCUGGCUCAGGGGCCCCCCAGGCAGGACAGCCAGACCGGCCGUGCAUCUGUCCAGACACCCCUGGGACCAGAGAUCAAACAGGAGGAAUUCUCCGGCAGGCCCCAGACCCUUGUCUACAAUGGAGCUCCGUACCCCAGUCACCUGCGACCAGACACAGCCGUACUGGAGGACUGGUUCUCUCCCAGCACCUCCCAGUCCUCCCAUUACACACCUCCCCCCAUGCUCAACCCCCUGCGCAGAGGGACCGGGCUGUUCGUGAACCUUGAGCCACCCCCCUCCACGGGGCAGGACCCUCUGAACCUAUAUCAUCCCCAGGACUGCAUGUUUAAUGAGGACCCCUCUCUCCACACUGCCCCUAUCAGGCGCCCGCAGAUCAACAUUGGGGCGCAAUACCAAGCCUCUCUCCCGGAGCUGUGGGAGAGUUCGGGAUCACUGAGAGGGGAGGAGGAGGAGCCAGGCAGGGCGGAGAGGGCGUGGCACAAGGAGGAGGAGGAGCCAGGCAGGGCGGAGUGGGCGUGGCACGAGGAGGAGGAGGAGCCAGGCAGGGCGGAGUGGGCGUGGCACGAGGAGGAGGCGGAGCCAGGCAGGGCGAAUCGGGCGUGGCACGGGGAGGAGGCGGAGCCAGACAGGGCGGAUCUGUUGUGGCUGCCCUGGACAGAGCUGCAGGACAGCGCCGGGGAGCAGACACAUGUUGAGAACCUCCUCAAUCUCGCCUGCUCCAGCUGUCUGCCUGGAGGGGGAACGAACCGAGAACUGGCCCUGCACUGCCUGUCCCGAACAAGGGGGGACGUCCUGGCUGCACUGGAGAUGCUCCUCCUUGGGACCCCUUUCACACAGAGAGCACACUCGCUGACAGACUACCAUUACACAGGAAGUGAUGUUUGGACAUCGAACGAGCGCCGGCUUUUCAACAAGGCUUUCACAACACACAGCAAGAACUUCGGCAUGAUUCAGAAAACAGUGAAGUCGAAGCGAGUCUCGCAGUGCGUGGAGUUUUACUAUCUCUGCAGGAAAGGGCAGGAGCACCAGAAGAAACUGAGAGGAACGCUGGAGAGAGAGGGGGGGUGGAGCGGACAGGGGUUCAAACAGGAGGCUGGGGAGAGCAUGGCGUUCCCCUGUGCUCAGCCAAUGAAAAUCCAGCCUGCGGUGGAAGGGGUGGAGCCUAGCCCGCCCGUGGCCAGCAACUUUCCCUGCAAGCAAUGUGGCAAGAUGUUCUACAAGAUCAAGAGCCGCAACGCCCACAUGAAGAUCCAUCGGCAGCAGGAGGACUGGAGAGAGAGAGUGGGAGACAGCAGCAUUCCCAGCAUUCCCAGCAUCCCCAGCGUCGAGUCCUUCCUGGGCCGGGGGGCUGGCCCCCUGGCGCUCUACUCCAGCCUGUGGGACAGCCGGGAAAUCCUGGAGUCUUUUGACCUGGGUGGGCCGACCCCCUGACCUGUACCGGCCUGCCCCCCGCCCUCGCCACUUCCUCAUGGCAGGUGAGGAGGGCUAGCUGAGCCACGGAAGGACCAGGAGAUCCAGCGUCUUCCUGCGAGGGGUGUGGGGCCAGGACCGGGGUGUUUACAAAUACUGACAGCCGCUUAAGAAGGGUAAGCCGUGGGCUUCCGAAAAGAUACGGCGCGACGCGUCCCUCACGCGGUGCUGCAGCGGUCCCCGUCAUUUCCCGUUGAGUUGUUAACAUCCCAACAGCUUUCUACACUGAUAACUGGGAAGUCAGUUUCAAAGCUGUUCUCAAAAUGUCUGCUCUAAUGCCCUGCUAGCGCCAGGAUUAUUGCCCGCACUGUCAAACAGGCAGCGCAGCGAGAACGAUCCAACGAAAAGAGAGCACGUUUUUUUAAAUCUCUUCUCUUCCUGAAGUGAUUUGGAGAUCUCAAAGCCCGGGGCACUAGAGCGGACAUUUUGAAAGCUCUGACACAGACUUUAAAGUUAUCAGUAUAAAAAGCUGUCAGGAUGUUAGCAUUGCGAAGUGCAAUGACAGCUGCGUGAUUUACACAGUUCCAGCGUCUCGUGUAUUUUUCGGGAACCCUCCGCUACUUACUCAUCAACGAGCCCGAAGGGAAACGUUUCCACCAGAGGUUUUCCCAUUACUGAGGAACUUUUAAACAAAACAGGAGAUUUUGAAAAUAUAAAGUAUGUGCCACUAAAUUUAUACAAAUCAGCAUCAAUGUGUUUUUAUAAAAUAUAUAUAUAUAUUUUUUUA